AAUCCAAAACACACUGUACCAGCUACUAAGAAGAAAAUUAACUCUAUCCCAGCUGAAACCUGGACACAAGUCCUCCAAGCUUCUGAAAUCAGGGUUGAUCUUUAAUGCAGCAAUAAAGAUCCCUUUUCUGAGACUUAACUACAUUGCCUACUAUCUUGGCUGUGGAUGCUGUAGCACUGAACUAAUGUAAUAAGAAGACAAAAAGAGCCCUCCCUCCCCAAGAAAAGGGUCCACUCUUCAGGGGAGUAUUAGGUUUCUGUGGCUGUUACAUUGACUGUCGUUGCUGACUGAUGUCUGUUUCUUUGGACAGUACCUGAAGUAGAUGUGCCUGGGUGGACUAGUGUGCAGUGCACUGGCCCAGGGCUUGGGGGUAUAUGACGUGGGCACAGAAUUUCUGGGUGCCUGCGGCUAAAUCAGCCUACCACGCACCCGAGUACCCCAUUUGUAAAAAUGUAGGUAGUAUUAUCCCUUACAGAGCUGUUGUGAGGAUAAUGUUACAGGUUAGGAUGCAUAUAAUGCAGUAGGGCUGAGCCAUAUAGGAAUAGAGAGAAAGGUAUAUAUUAUGCUCAUGCACCAAUUUCAAUAAACUGUGUAGGAAGAUAAAUAAUUAGCUGAGAACAAAGGACUGAGUAGAAGCAGCAGUUUAAAAGGGUUAUACCCUCUAAAAGGAGGGAUGGAGGGUUAUAAAAGACAUCCUUCCCCCUAAUAAGGAAGCGCCUGAAGACUGCUGUAUGUCAGUUGUCCUGCAGUAUACUUCAAAUGCUACAGAAUUAUGAGAAUCAUGGAGUACCAAAAAGUCCUAUGCACUUCCCCUGUAAGAUCCCAGCCAAUUUCCUAUCUCAGGGAGCAAGGAACUUACCCUCUGAUCGUGGCAGUCCCUGGCACAAGCAGGAUUUUUUUUUUAAUUACCUUCAGCAAUGUGAUGUUUAAAGUGUUUGCUGAAAUCUGUACCGUUCAAUAAAGCAACCAUGGUUAAGUUUCAAAAUGUAUUUUCACUUUUUUUUUAAUAAAUUUAAACAUGCAUCUGAACAUGGUAGGUGAACAUUUUUCUCAGGAAAGGCAGCGUGUGUUUGUAUGGUGCUUGGUGCAAUGGAUCUCCUUCUAGGAAUUUGGACAUUGUUACAGUAGCUGAAGUUUAGAUAUCAGUUGCCUACACUUGGCACCCCACAUGUGUUUCUAAAAAGAAAUAAAUAAAAUUAUAAUAAUUGGAGGGGAAGAAAGGUGGUGAUGGAUUCUGACUUUCGGAGAGUGAGAGUGCAUGGUUCUUAAGGGACAAGACGGCAUGAUUGUGGGAAGGAAUUAAAAGGGAAGAGGAGAAUAGAAGAGAUGAAAGAAGAAGGGAUAAGAAUUGAGGAAAGGAAAGACGAAGGUAGGUAGACUUUUAACUUGUGAUAAGAAAUGAAAACAAGGUAAGAAGAGGAAGCGGUGGGAAAACCUUAAUGAGAGACCUGUGCCGAUGAUUUCCAGGGUGAUGGUACUGUGACAGGAACAAAUGGGGCACGGUGGGGCUGCACAUGGCUCUGAGUGGAUCUGUGCAGAUGGACACAGUUGUGUUAAUGCCAGCCCAUGCUUUGGGCCAAGCUGCUGGCCUUGCUAGCACUUUCUUCACUGUACAUCUUCACCAUCCUCCUCUUCCUCUCUUUCUGCUAUGCCAUUUGUGUCAAAAGAGGCCCUUGCUUUUUCCUUGUUUUUCAGUCAGACUACUGCCUGUCUGGGACAGAGUGACUGCCAUUCACUGCCCUCUUCUCUAGUGUUCGAGGAUGCUUCUAGGGUGUUUUUUCUUUACUAUGGUCCAUUUCAGAAUCUGAGAAUUAUUUGGGUAUUUUACAACAGAUAGCAUUUCAUUGUGAAAAGUUUAGGUGCAUCUUACAGUAAGAAGAAAGAGCAAGUGAAGUAUAAAGGAAAAAAGAGAAAUUCAGGAGGAAACGAAGUUACAUAAAUAACAUGAACAUUUUUAGAAAGACUGAGGGAAAGUGUGUUGUGUUGGUAGGAAUGAGGAAAUGGAAACUUAAAUCUUAGAUAUUUUUUUUUUUUUUUUUAAACGGGACUCUCAGGGUGGUGAUGUCUGAUAGCCAGCAUAGCACAGGCCAAGCAAUUUCAGCAGGUGUUCUGACUACUGCAAUAAAUUCUGUGAUCCAAAGCAUCACUUUUGUUUAAGGGUACGCCAGAGUUUUUGAGUUAAGCUGCAGAUAGUAGAAAACUUCCCCAUAGUUAGAUUAAACUACAUACCAUACAAAUAGUUGGUUGCUCAGUUAAAAUUUGCUUAGCUGCAGCUUUAUCUGUUAUGUAUUCUUGCCAAACUCUCUCUGGGUCAUAAUUUGUAAUGGUGUACUCAGCUUCUUUCCACUUUCAGUUGAAUAGAUAAAGCAUCUUUAUAACAGUUCUGAUUAUAAAGUCAUUGUACUGUCACUUGUUUCAUUUUCUUCCGAUUUAUUAACAAAGCAAUUGGAGAAUGUUGGUCCGAUAAUAGAUUUGCAGAGUGAAACAUUUUGCUGGGGUUUUAAGAAAUUAUUUUGCUGGUUUUAGCAGGGAAGGAAUUCAAACGACAGGGGCUUGUCUCGUCAGUCCCGGUGGAAACCUGCCCAGCUAAUGAGCCUCUGGAAGAUCAUUGCUCAUACGUGCUUGACUGGUAAACAAUUUGCCGAUCGUGUCUGUGCUGAGCAUCUGCUAGGCCAGCGCCAGAGCUGGAUAACGCUUCUCCCUGCGCUGCCGGGAGCAGGGAGCUCCGCACGUGCGGAGGCGGCCCCGGUGGCGCGGCCGUCCCGGUAGCCCGGCGCCAUGGGGCGGAAGCUGGACCCCGCCAGGAAGGAGAAGCGCGGCCCCGGGCGCAAGGCCCGUAAGCAGCGGGGGGCCGAGGUGGAGCUGGCCCGCUUUCUGCCGCCAGAACCGGAGACCGGUAGGAAGAAGCUUUCCAGUCACGGGAGGAAGAGGGCUGCGAAGAGGCGGCUGGGAGCGGGGAGGAGGCUGCUCGGAGGAGGAGGAGGAGGAGGAGGAAGAGCAGGAGGAGGAGGAGGAGGAGGAGGGCCAGGAGGGCCGGAGCCGGCAGAUAAAGAGCAGGUAUCCUCACAGAAGGAGAAACAUGCCCUCAAGGCAGCAGGACAACCCCCCCGUGGCCGGUCUGGCUUCAGUGAUGACAAUUCAAAAUUGCUGGCUCCGGCCAAAGCCAAGAAAAUCCGCUCUAAAGGAAACAACGUGGAGUUAUCUAGUGAUGGUGAGGUGGAAGAGGGCAGCUGGGAGAUGGAGGAGGAGGAGGAGGAUGGGAGCAGCGACGAGAUGGUGGAUGAUUAUGGUGCCUCAUCAUCAGAGGAAGAAGAGUUGCUGCCUAUUGAAAAAGCUGCCCUGAAGCAGAAGUCUGACAGGGGAGGCCUCAGUGAAGAUGACAGUGAAGAGGAGGAGGAGGAGGAAGAGGAGGCAGCAGUAGAGGAGGCAAGCAGGCAGAAAAUGGGACAGAAGGAGGAAGAGAGCACAGAUCUGCAGCUCAACCUGGAUAUAGACGAACAAUUUAAACUGCCAACUGAUGAACAGAUUGAGAGAGAGGCUGCUGAGCCGCCUGACCUGCACAUCAUUCACCAGCGCAUCAAGGGCAACAUGGAGGUGCUGCAGGACUUUGUGGUGAAGCGGGAGGAAGGACGCACGCGACAGGAGUACCUCGCGUUGUUGCGCCGGGACAUGGCUGCCUACUAUUCCUACAGUGACUUCUUGCUCAUGAAGCUCAUGGACAUCUUCCCGCUCCCUGAGCUGAUAAACUUUCUGGAAGCCAAUGAGGUUCCCCGCCCUGUGACCAUUCGCACCAACACACUGAAGACGCGGCGACGGGACCUGGCGCAGGCUCUAAUCAACCGUGGCGUGAAUCUCGACCCCUUGGGGAAGUGGUCAAAAACGGGACUUGUUAUUUAUGACUCCUCUGUGCCCAUCGGUGCCACCCCUGAGUACCUGGCUGGGCACUACAUGCUGCAAGGAGCCUCCAGUCUCCUCCCUGUCAUGGCUCUGGCUCCGCAGGAAAACGAACGCAUCCUGGAUAUGUGUUGUGCCCCGGGAGGAAAGACCAGCUACAUAGCUCAGCUUAUGAAGAACACAGGUAUGAUCUUGGCCAACGACAGCAAUGCUGAGCGGCUACGUAGCGUGGUAGGGAACUUGCAUCGGCUGGGAGUCACCAAUGCUGUAGUGAGUAACUGCGAUGGACGCCAGUUCCCCAAGGUGCUUGGAGGGUUUGACCGUGUCUUGCUUGAUGCUCCUUGUAGUGGAACAGGUGUCAUUUCCAAGGAUCCUGCUGUCAAAACCAACAAGGAUGAGAAAGACAUCCUGCGCUGUGCUCACCUGCAGAAGGAGCUGAUUCUUAGCGCUAUUGAUUCGGUCAAUGCUGCCUCAGAGACGGGGGGCUACAUUGUCUACUGCACUUGCUCCAUCAUGGUGGAGGAGAACGAGUGGGUUGUGGAUUAUGCCCUGAAGAAACGCAACGUUCGUUUGGUGGCCACAGGCCUGGACUUUGGCAAGGAAGGCUUCACCAGGUUCAAGGACCGUCGCUUCCACCCCUCCCUCAAGUCUACGCGGCGUUUCUAUCCCCACACGCACAAUAUGGAUGGGUUCUUCAUUGCCAAGUUCAAGAAAUUCUCUAAUGCCAUCCCCCAGGCACAAAAAGAUGAAGAACCUGCUGUGAAAGCAGCAACUCCGUCUGCUGUCCCUGAUACCACCGUCAGGGAGCCUCAGACAAAAAAGAGGAAACUUGAGGGAUCAAAAGUUGACAAAGAGCAGAAGCCGCCACAGCCUGCUUUGAAGAAGAGACGUUCAUUGCAGGCACAGAGGAGACCAUUGAAGGCUGGCCGUCCUUCUCCCAAAAUGAUGCGUCCUCAAGUCCCUACCAAGAAGAAGCAUAGAGUGAAGCUGAACGGACAGUGAGAGGAACUGCUUUUCCGGGUGUUGGUCCCCUCGGAGAGCAAAGGCAGGAGGCUGCUGCAGCUAUGCAUCUACCACCUUGUCUUUCCUGCUCUGUGCGGAUAAUCUCUGCAGCACUGAGCGCCUGGGACAGCUAUAGCCCCAUUUGCUCCUUUCCUUCUGCAUCAAGGACUGACGCACAGACCCAUUAAAAGUUUUAUACUCUC